AAACAGGCCAAACAUCACAGUCGAACGACACGUGAGUCCAAUUCGAUUAAUUCAUGGAAGGAAACUUAAAAUAAGGAGCCAAACAAGAACGUUGGAGGAGAAAAAGGAAAAGAGAAGAACAGUUGCACAGUUGCAGGAAUCAAGCGACAAGCGACAACCACCAAAACUCAGACCAUCCGAGGAUGCCGGACACGACUUUGAACCUCCUCAACAAUUCCCAACUCUUCAGGUACACCCGCCAUUUUCUUCUUCUGUGACUGUGCCCACGUGUUCUUGCCCCCCUUGUUUCUCUCCUUCGGUUUGUUCCAUCAUAGCUUCACUAUCUUUCUAGGUUUUCAAUCUGUUUGUGCUCUGCUCACUUGGAUUCUCUUGAACAUAAUGUCUCUUUUCUCCCCAUUUUAUUUUGUUUCGGAUUUGGUGGGGUCUGGGCUGGUAUUCGAAUGAGUGGGUUACUGAGAAAUAUUUGAGACAUUUGAGUUUUGGUAUGAAGUUUCGUAUUGGGAUAUUAGAAUGUGGAAACUGAGCGAUAUGGGCGGUGGACUUGCUGGUUUUUGUAAAGUAUGUUGUUGUCUCUGUUGAGUAGGCGGUCGUUGGAGGUUGAUUCCAGGGACGCGUAUGGAUUUGCAUUGAGACCUCAACACCUUCAAAGAUAUAGAGAGUGCUGUGAAAUAUACAAGGAGGAGGAAGAGGAGAGGACACAUAAAUGGAAGCAAUUCCUUGAACAGCAAAAGGAGUCUUCUCUAGUUUGUGCUUUUGUGGAGGAAUAUAACAACACUUUGCUUACUGAAAUUACACGGGAGGAAGCAGAGUAUGUUCCAGGGAGGGGUGGGGAAGGGAAUGUGUCAAGUAGCAAGAAGUCUGUUUCUGAUGGUUCAACAGAAAGUGACCAACAAAAGGAGGUGUUGGUGGAAAAAGAACCAAAAGCUGGUAAGGUCCGAAAAUGGGCCCGGAUUCGAUUGUCCCUUAGUGCCAUCGAGAGUACAAUGAGUUUACGUAUUAAGGAGAGAAAGAAUAUGAAAGAUGAGCAGAUAGGUCGAAAUCAUCUUCCAUCCAUUGAAGAGGACUUUGAGGAAGUGCUCUCUUUUAAUUUGAUAUCAGAUGACAGUGGGAAUGAAUCCUUGGAAGCAAGUGCUGCUGCUAAUGGGAUCUCACCAGAACCUUUCUUUCCUUGGAAAGAAGAACUAGUGUGCCUUGUUCGCGGGGGACUGCCAAAGGCUCUCAGGGGAGAGGUAUGGCAAGCAUUUGUUGGUGCAAGAAAACGCCGUAUGGAGAGAUAUUACCAGAAUUUGAUAGCUUCAGAAACUAAUGCUGGUGAGGGCAAGGAUUAUGGCAGCUCUUUAUCAGUCAAUGGCAGUAAGCAGCCCAAUGCAGAUCAUGCCAUACCUGAGAAAUGGAGAAGGCAGAUUGAGAAGGAUUUGCCUCGGACAUUCCCAGGCCAUCCUGCUCUAGACGAGGUUGGUAGAGAUUCCUUAAGGCGUUUGCUUUUAGCGUAUGCUCAACAUAACCCCUCUGUUGGGUAUUGUCAGGCAAUGAAUUUCUUUGCUGGAUUGUUGCUACUUCUGAUGCCUGAGGAAAAUGCAUUUUGGACUUUGGUGGGUAUUCUUGAUGAUUAUUUCGAUGGCUACUAUUCAGAGGAAAUGAUAGAAUCUCAGGUUGACCAACUUGUUUUUGAGGAGUUGAUGCGUGAAAGAUUUCCUAAAUUAGUUAGUCAUCUGGAUUGCUUAGGAGUGCAGGUGGCCUGGAUCUCUGGACCUUGGUUUCUUUCCAUUUUUGUGAAUAUUAUUCCAUGGGAAAGUGUUCUUCGAGUUUGGGAUGUGCUUCUAUUUGAAGGAAACCGUGUUAUGCUAUUUCGGACAGCACUUGCUUUGAUGGAGUUAUAUGGUCAUGCACUAGUUACAACGAAGGAUGCUGGAGAUGCAAUCACUUUGUUGCAAUCUUUUGCCGGCUCAACGUUUGAUAGUAGUCAGCUUGUUUUGACUGCUUGCAUGGGCUACCUGGCUGUAACUGAAGCUAGACUGCAAGAGUUGAGGAAAAAGCAUCGACCAGCUGUACUGGGAGUCAUUGAAGAAAGAUCAAAGGAGGGCCGUGUUUGGAAGGAUUCCAAGGGUCUUGCAUCUAAGCUAUAUAGUUUCAAGCAUGAUCCUGGAUCAUUGAUAAAAGAAACAAAUACAGAAGGGUCAGGUGAUAAUCUUACAGAUGGGGAUCAGUCUCCUUCCGCUAAUCUGGAUGUCUUUCUUAAAGGCUUAACUGUCAAUUCAGAAGGAGAUUCCGUUCCAGACCUUCAAGAACAGGUGGUUUGGCUGAAGGUUGAAUUAUGCAGGCUGCUGGAGGAGAAAAGAUCUGCUACACUCAGAGCUGAGGAGCUAGAGACAGCUUUAAUGGAGAUGGUCAUGCAAGACAAUCGACGGCAAUUGAGUGCAAAGGUUGAGCAGUUGGAGAAAGAGGUAACUGGCCUACGACAACUCCUUACUGAUAAGCAAGAACAAGAAAAAGUGAUGCUGCAGGUCUUAAUGCGGGUGGAACAAGAACAGAGGGUCACUGAAGAUGCUCGUGUUUCUGCUGAGCAAGAUGCAGCUGCUCAGAGAUAUGUAGUUAACGUGCUUCAGGAAAAAUAUGAAAAGGCUACGGCUUCUCUUGCUCAGAUGGAAGAGAGGGUGGUUAUGGCAGAAACAAUGUUAGAGGCUACCUUGCAGUACCAAUCUGGUCAAGUUAAAGCACUAUCAUCUCCACGAAGGGAUCAUGCAAUAAAAAGUUCCUCCAUUGCUUAAGGCCCCUGGCCUUCCAACUUUGAAAAAUUGGACAACUGUGUUUGCAUUGCCAGAAGAUGGAUCAAGAUGAGAAAACUUAUAUAAAGGAAGACAAAAAGAAAAUCAGAUAGUCAGUAUCAUUGGCUUUUUUCUGUUGCAAUGGUAUAGGGGAAGAAAGAACUUAAGGAUUGCCUCCACAUACCACAUAAAGCCAAGAUGAAAGAUUUGUGGACAUUUGGAUUAUGUAAUCUAGGUCUGGCAAAGUUUGAACUGGCCCUACAAGUAUGCUUGAAGUUCUAGAGGGUCGAUACUUUGUUGAUAACCGAUUUUGUUUUUUUUGAUAAGUUACCUUGUUGAUAACCCUUAUUGUAACUCUUUGAAGUGGAGGAAGCAUGUUCCCUUUUUAUUCUUAUUUUCAGAGGCCACUUUCUGGAAAAUGAAUCUUAUCCACUUCAGUUUCAUGUCAUAAAAUUAUUUUAAUAAAAUGGAAUUUCAACAGUAUUGCACAAAUCAUCCAAGUGCAUCAAGUCCCUCAUUUUCUAAGAUUUCUUUUUCCAUUUUAACAAAAUGGAGAGCCAAGUAACAUGACUCCAGCCAUUUUCCUCUCCCAUACCUGAAUUAGGAAGCUUAGAAUUCAAGAACAGGAUUAAUUCAUAUAUCCUAGCCAUUCAGAAAUCAUUUAACUAUAGGAAUUAAAUAGUUAAAUCCAUUCUCUUUUGCAUUCAUUGAAGCUUUGACCAAAAGGACUAAAAUAUUUUUGGGUUCCUGAAUUCAACAUGCUUUGCAGCCACUGAAGUUGCACCUGGUCAAUCUUUCCCACAAUAAUUGAACACCUUGAGAACUUAUUUGAACUUGCAAAUUCCUUUCUAGAAACAGGGCACACUUGUUUCCUUUACUUUGUGUAUAUAGGAUCUAAGCAUCAAUGCAUCAUUUUGUGUAAGUGGACAUAUUUUAUUGAUGAAAUCAGUGCAUUAUAAAGGUG